UUUUCACUCGUUGAUCUGCUACUUUAGUCGAUGCCUUCAGCUACUGAUGUGGUCAUUACUCUUCGAUGGUUUGACAUGUUGGUAUCUCGAGAAGCCUGCAUUCAACUUGCAAAUUUGGACGUGGCAGCCUUGUUUUAUAUUAAAGCCGGCCCGGGUACCGAGAGUGGGGGCCAGCUUGGAGAACCCCUGUCCCCAACGACACGGUCGUCGCGCUUUUUCCAACUUGACGCGUAA